UUGGCCGGCCGGCCGGCCAUGGCGGAGCGCCCGGACCCGCGCGGGCCCUGAGCGCCGCCUCAUGGAGCGGGACGGCACCCCGCCCGGCGGAGGAGGAGGAGGAGGAGGAGGAGGAGGAGGCUCCUCCGACUCCCCCGACCCCACGACGGACGCGCGCAACGGAUUCUGUCAAGAUGAGUCAGCUGAGCAUGAUCCCUCCACGAUUUCUGUUCCAGAUGAUCGGGCUGAGCCGCGAACUUGCCUCAUCUGUGGAGACAGAGCUACAGGGCUACACUAUGGCAUCAUCUCCUGCGAGGGCUGCAAAGGAUUCUUCAAGCGGAGCAUCUGCAACAAACGGGUGUACCGCUGCAGCCGUGACAAAAACUGCGUCAUGUCUCGCAAGCAGCGGAACCGAUGUCAGUACUGCCGACUGCUCAAGUGCCUCCAGAUGGGGAUGAACCGGAAAGCAAUCAGGGAAGAUGGCAUGCCAGGGGGUAGGAAUAAAAGUAUUGGACCUGUCCAGAUAUCCGAAGAAGAGAUUGAAAGAAUUAUGUCUGGACAAGAAUUUGAGGAGGAGGCAAAUCACUGGAGCAACAACGGCGACAGUGACCACAGUUCUCCCGGAAAUGGGGUUUCUGAGAGCAACCAGCCAUCCCCCGUGUCCACCCUCUCUUCAAGGUCUGUGGAGCUGAACGGAUUCACGGCAUUCAGGGAGCAGUACAUCGGGACCCCAGUGCCCCCGCACUAUCAGUACAUACCGCACCUUUUUAGCUAUUCUACUCACUCCCCGCUGCUGCCCCCGCAAGCACGGAGCCUUGAUCCCCAGUCCCACAGCCUGAUUCAUCAGUUGGUGUCUGCCGAGGACCUGGAGCCCCUCGGCACGCCAAUGCUGAUUGAGGACGGGUACAAGGUGACUCAGGCCGAGCUGUUCGCGCUGCUCUGUCGCCUGGCCGACGAGCUGCUUUUCAGACAGAUCGCCUGGAUCAAGAAGCUGCCGUUCUUCUGUGAGCUCUCAAUCAAGGACUAUACAUGCCUGCUAAGCUCCACGUGGCAGGAGCUGAUCCUGCUGUCUUCGCUAACAGUUUACAGCAAGCACAUCUUCGGGGACCUGGCUGAUGUGACCUCCAAGUACUCUCCCUCUGACGAGGAACUGCACAGAUUUAGUGAGGAAGGGAUGGAGGUGAUGGAGCGACUGAUCUACCUUUAUCGUAAAUUUAACCAGUUAAAGGUCAGCAACGAGGAGUAUGCAUGUAUGAAAGCCAUUAACUUCCUAAACCAAGACAUUAGGGGCCUAGCUAAUGCCUCCCAACUGGAACAGUUGAACAAGCGGUAUUGGUACAUAUGCCAGGAUUUCACCGAGUACAAAUACCCGCAUCAGCCAAACCGUUUCCCUGAUCUAAUGAUGUGUUUGCCGGAAAUUCGCUACAUUGCAGGAAAGAUGGUGAAUGUGCCCCUGGAGCAGCUACCCCUGCUCUUCAAAGCUGUGCUGCAUUCCUGCAAGACCAGCGGGAGCAAGGAGUGAAGCAGAUGAGCCGAGCCGCCCCGGACCCCCGCGGGCCCCGCCCCCGGCCCGGACUCUGGGGUCGGAGGUGGACACCUGGCUCACCAGGAGAGUGCAAGGCAAAGAACAAGGCGGAGGCGGCAGAGCGCUGCCCGGAAAAGGCAGUAAUUGGAGCUGCUGUUUGUAGCAAGUCUUUUUUGUUUGUUUGUCCUUUUUUUUUUUAACUCAUUUUCUAUAUAUUUAUUUCACGACAGAGUUGAAUGUAUGACCUUCAACACGAUGCACAUGCUUCUGUGUGAAUGCAGCAGAUGCAUUUUCUUGCAGUUUACAGAAUGUGAAAAUGUUUAAUGUGACAGUGUUGCCAUUGUUUAGGGUUAGAUCUUCUUUUGUAUU